UUUGAAGAGUCAUCGGAGAAGCAACUGCAAAUGUCUACAUCUGAGAUUCCAAUGGUUAGCCCAGACUCGGGCUUUAUUAACUUACUGCGCUAUGGGAUGCUUGCACUUAGGCUUCUACCCCAUUCCAGUCUAUCAAACCUGGUGGUAGUGACAGAUGGGGUGAUCUCUCUUCCUGACAUCCAUGUACUGGACCUUGUACUGACACAGCUGAGAACCAAUGCAGUGGCAGUGUCAUUCCUUCACGUUGGCAGCCAGUUCCACCCACACUGUGCACAAGGGCUUGUGCCUUACUCUGAACUCAUGCAGUUCAUCUCUUGUGCCACAUUUGGGACCUACAUCCCUCUCUCAGCUACUCGGAACUAUGGUCAUGGUGGUUUGAAUACAUACCAUGAAGCAUUUUUGACUUGGAGCUUCAAGAAAGGAGCAAGUGUUCAUGAGCUGACCACACCAGUUCCCCGCUCAGGCGAGUGGUUUGUAAG